AUGCAGUUCUCUCAGCUCCUCUCUGUUGUGUUUGCCACUGCCGUGGCUGCUCAGUCUACCGUUGCGAUCGUUUACCUUGAUCCCAGAUUCGCGGGACCGGCGCAGCAAAUCCUUUCUACAGACCAGUGUGUCCUCAUCGAUCCCAAUACCAUGCCCCCUGAGGUGGGGUCCAUCCAACUCGCGUCAGGUGUCGCGUGCACCACCUACUUUGACAAGGGGUGCCAAAGUCAAAACCAGAACCUCACGAGCACCCAGUCCACCAUCUCCGGCCCGCCUGAUGCGCAGUCCAUCCUUUGCCAGCGGGUCAACUAUGGUUAG